ACACCCUUGGCAGGGCCGACUGAACACGUUGGACCAGUGAUGACUCCGAGAGGGUGUGUCCUCCCGCUGUGAACCAGACCAGUGUUCGCCUCCUCCUGCUCCUCACCGGCGGGGAGUUGAUCCCUCGCCUCAGUCCUGCUCUUCUGUACGUCGGAGACACGCAGCAGCGCCGGAGCCGUGCGCCUCUCAGGGGGGGGGGGAAAAGUCAAGCAUUUUCCCAGCGGAUAUUUGAGAGUGCUGGAAUUAUCACCAAAAACCUAUUUCAACCGCUGAGCACAAACUGUAACCGGUUCGGACACUUGCAGGACUUGUGAGGCUCUCCUGUAACCAUGGGGGACGUGGUUUCGUCUCACCUGGAUGAGAACAGGCGGGAGAUGAUUACAGCUUGGACCACAGAUGUGAUGAAGGAGUUCAGUGAUGUGUAUGAGCAGCAGUACGCAGUCGCUCUCUUCAACAGCGUCCGCUUUGAGAUAGAAGGAGGAGGAGGAACGCAGUCCCAGCUGCUUCACAGAAAGGACCCUCUGGCAGGUCGGUCCAUCUUCUCAGGGAGUCUGUUUCAGUAUCUGGAAGAGAAUCGGAAGUGGAGGAAUCGCUUUGUAUCUGUGCCAAACAGCUACACCAUCAGCCUCUAUGAAAGCAAAACAGCACACGAACGGGGCCUUCACCCGAAAGCAACCAUCAACUGCGCUGGGUACAAGGCCCUGACUUCAAUGGAGGAAUACAUGGAGCUGAUUAAUACCAGCCUGCCAGGUAUCAAGGCCAAAGUGGGCAGUAAUCCGUUUAUCAAGUGUGCGUCCCAGUUCCCCCUCAUCCUGUGGCACCCACACGCCCGCCACCACUACUUCUGUGUGAUGACAGAGAAGGAGCAGAAGAAGUGGCAUGCUGUGCUGCAGGACUGUGUCAGACACAGUAACAAUGGUCUGUCAGAGGACUGCACUGUUCAGACGCCAGCCUUCACUGACACUGUGAGACUUUACAGACAAGCCAAAGGACACUACGGGACCUGGGAUAUGAUGUGCGGACAGCCCCCACAGAUUCUGGCUAAUCUGGUGAUGGAGACCCUCCACCCAGAGCUGAGAAACGUGAUUGGUCCACGUCUGAAGGGGAAGAUGCAGCAGAGGCAGAGGAAUUGGAUGUUGAUCUCUGAUGCAGUGUACAGGCAGGUGUUGUCUCAGACCACCGGUCAGUACGAAGCACUGGUCGAAGCCUGUGAGGCCCAGAGAGUUCCACUGGAUGCCAGACUGCGAACCGACAUGGACCAGAUCAUCACGUCUAAAGAACAUGUCGGCAACAAGAUACGAGCUCUGACGUUGCCCAAGGCGGAGCAACUCCUACAGACCAGUGUCCAGCCAUACAUCAGCUCCAUCCUGGAGGCCCUGAUGGAGCCCACAAGCCGAGGUUUCUCCGAGGUCAGGGACGUUUUCUUCAGGGAGCUGGUGGAGAUCAGCAAGAACUCGAUCAACGGAGGGGACAAGGAAAAACUGGGAGACCACAUGGAGAGGCUGUCCAUGCUCGCCUUCCACCCGGUGAAGAUGCAGAGCUGCUAUGAGAAGGUGGAGCAGCUCAAUAUGGAGGGGCUGCAGCAGAGGUUCGACGUCUCCAACCCCUCGGUGUUCGUCAGCAGGGCUCAGAUCCUCCUGAGGGAGCAAAUGGACAAUGCAGUGUACACAUUUGAGCAGCUGCUCAACCAGUCUUUAGAGGGCCAGGGAGAAGAUGACAUGUGCAAGACCAUCCAGCGAUGCCAGGACAGGGUUCUCAAGAAAUAUGAUUAUGACAGCAGCACAGUGCGCAAGAAGUUCUUCAGAGAGGCUCUGCUGCAGAUCAUCAUCCCAUACAUGCUGCAGCAGCUCUCGCCAUCCUGCUCACCUGAGCUGCCUCGCUUCAAAGAGCUAAUCUUUGAGGACUUCUCCCGUUUCCUGCUGGUGGAAAAUAUGUUCGAGGAGGUGGUGCUGCAGUCUGUCUCCAAGGACAUAAUGAUGGCUGUGAAGGAGGCAGCUGUCCAGAGGAGACACAAUCUCUACAGGGACAGCAUCAUUCUGACCAACAGCGACCCCAACCUGCACCUGCUCGGAGAAACCCCUCAGGUAGACUGGGCUACUAAAUUUGGGGGCGAUGAGCCGGAAGGCUCUGUCGAUGGCGGCAGUGUUGAAGGAGGGGGUUCUGGGAGAAGACGCAGGCAGGUGGUGUCCAUGAUCCAGCUAGAGGGGCUGCCUCUGCCCUACGAGUCCUGCCUAGAGGUCCCAGGCGUGGAGCUUAUCCCCGAGGAGGAUGGUGAGAUGUCUGAGGGCAAAGAGGAGGGCCGAGGGGAGGAUGAGAAGGACCCAGGCUCGUUUCAGGAUCCCAAGUCUCCUGACAGUGUGGAUGAAAUCAGAUUCCUGAUUAAUCCAGUGGUGGAGUUGGUGCUGCCUGUGUCAGUGGAGAAUCAGAGCGACACGACCCACUUGACGGAGCCGACCGCAGGCACCAUCACCACGGAGGAUGGGGUGCAGGAGGAUGUGACACAUGUCACCACCGUGAUGGAGGACAGCCCCAGGAAAUCUCCGUGUGACAAGUCGUCCCCGCAGACAAUUCUCCAGCAGCUGGUAGGAAGCAAGAAGCAGGAAGCUGAUAAGCAGCAUCAGGAGGAAGCAGCCAUCAGGAACGCCAUCGAGGAAAUAGAGAUUGAGGUACAGGAAGAUGACAGUGAACGAGUUGCUGAGGUCUCUGCUGCAGAAUCAGAUUAUGAGUCGUCACCACCGCCAGCACUGGCUACAGACUCCAGCUCGCGUGACGACAGUUGCUUCCAGUCACCCACCAAUGAGGGGCUGGAUGAAGGUGAGCCUCAGCCAAUCACAAACAGUCUGAACGGAGAGGACAAAAUUAUCGACCCAGUAGAAGUGGAAGUGGUUUUAGCGUAGGAAGAGCAGUGGAUUGAAUAAGGAUUGUAUUUAAAGGUUUCAUUCACAGCAUUGUCUUUUCUUUUUUUGAUAUUGCACACUCCAAAACCAACUCCCCCAUUCUCGCCCUUUUUUUUUUUUUUUUUUUUUUUUUUUUGGACAUUUCUUUGGUGACUGGGUUCUCUCUACGCAGCUUCGUGAAUCUCAUUGCAAGUUUUCUUCUUCUGUUGUGUAUGACACUGAAUUCAACAUAUCUGAUUUAUAACAGUAAGGCUCAUGUAUGCUAUGUCAACAGGCUGAGGGUCCAUUACAAGGAUCAGGGAUUUUAAUGCGAUAAUCCACUUUUUUUUUUUUUUUAUACAAAAGGGAGUUUGUUUUCAUAUUAUGUUAAAGGUUUGUUUACAACAGUAAUGUCUGUAAACAUAGCAGGAAAUAAGGCCUAUAUUUUCUCAAUAUAUCUCACUUUCUCACAGUCAAAAUGAAUUACAGAUUGUGCUUUUAACUGUACUGCAGGUGAAUGGAUCCCUCUUUAAUGAUCACAGCAUCUCCCUGGGCAGCAGGGGGUGCUACAAUCAACCUUUAGCUGUUGUAUGGGGAUUUGUAUGUGUAUUUUAACUAUUCUUUGAAAUACCGGUAUCUAUUUUAGGAAAAUGUAUUUUUUUUUUUUAAAUAUGUAGUUUGUUUACUUUGAAGAGCUUUUCCUGUAUUUGCAAAUGGCCUUUAUGUUUCAACAUUUUAGUACAACCGGUCAGACAUGAUUUACACCUCUGCUGUGAUUUGAUAAGUACGAUGUUUUAAACUCUGACAAAAUUCAUCAGUAAAAUAAUGGCUCCUUAACUCGUAGGAUUUUGAUGAACUGGUAAUCAGAGGAAGCUCUCUUUGUGAUUAUGAGGGAGAUUCUUAAUGUCAGCUUCUGAUGAUGUUUUUCAAAUAUCACUAUAUAUAUUUUUCCCCCAAUUUUAUUGUAAGUACAUUCAAUCAAACAUGAUAGUAAUAAUUUUUCUAUUUAAAAUCAAUAAUUUCUAAUUUAAUUCAAAUUCUACAAUCUAGGUGAAAUAUUUUUUUAAUUUUAUGUCAUUUGGAUGUAGUGGCUCUUACUACAGUUUCACGUCCUUAUCUGUGUAAAGAAAGUAGCACUUGGUAGCGCUUUAUUUUAAGGGUGAGUAAUUUCCUAAUAGUUUCCUAGCAAGUUUCCUGGAAAGAACUAUUUAAUUUGGUACACAAAAUAUAAGGAAACUAGAGACAAUGAUUUUACAUACAUGUUGAAUUGUAUGCUUAGCUGUUGACAAACUUCACAUUUUUGCAUGUUCAGCUGACCUGCCAUGCACUGUGAAAGUGCACGACUCACUUCAUGAAGUGAAAGACUCUCAAGGUUAACCCUGAUUCAAAUAAGGAAAAAUUCCACAAAACCCCCUUUAACAGGAAAUAAAAGGAGAAACCUCAGGAGGGAGGGAUCCCUUUUCCAGGACAAAUAGACAUGAAAUACUGAAGGUGUGUAUACAGAGUACACAGGAGGUACCUGAAGUGGGAUUACAGCAUGGAGACAGAAUCAAAAUUUUAGGUAAACAAAGAACUACGUCUCCAUUUUUUAUUAUAAUUAGUACCAAAUGACACAUCCUCUCCAGGAACCUUAUGAUGAAUUUGCAGUUACAUAUCAGUUUCUUGUCAGCAUCAUACACUCUAAUGGGUGAAUUACUUUCACACCUAUCUGCAGUGAAUAGAACGAGCUACGAUCUAAUAGGAAAUGCUGAGGAGUUUCAAUUCCUGCUCAUCACCUCUCAUUUUUAAUGAGUCAGUGUCCUGUUGUGAAAUCGCCUAUUGCCACUGUAUCCAAGGCACAUUUUGAGUGUGCUGCCUUUAGACCAUUGACUGUCACUUUCUCCCAUAUAUUUAUUACAAAAAGCUGUCUGUUUGGUGUGAGCAGCUCAACUUGUCUAUUUAGUGCUUUUGUCUAUAUAUCCCCCCCAAAAAAUAUGGAUGAAUAAAACUAGUUCAUCAACUUUA